AUACACAUCUAAAUGUCAUGAAAUAUAACUACAAGACGUAAAUCGCAAAAUAGUAGCGCAGGCUGCGCAAGUUUUCAUGCGCAAUGAAAACUUCCUCCAACCCUCAGGUCGAUUGCGGUGUUCCAUUUAGUUUUUCAGCUGAUCACGCUUUCUACGGGCGCCUCACAGACUCUUGUGUCAUGUGCGAUACUGUUGUAGCGUAGUAAGAAUCGAGUGCUUGUGUACCGCGUAGCUAGCUAGUGGCUUUCAAAAUGUUUUCAGGACUACAGAAUCAGGUCAGCUCGUGGAUGGGAGCGGCGAAGGGCGAGCCUCAGGACGAAGAAGUUCCAACCCCGACCAAAGAUGCCAUGGGGGAGGCUACGGCGGAGGGCGACAAACAAAGUCCAACCAAGGGAGGCAGCAAAUUGGACCUCAUCACUAACGUUAAGUCCCAGAUGACUGGAUGGCUGGGAGCUGGGAUUCCAAUUCCUGGGCUGAGAAAAAAUGAAGCGGCUUCAGCAGAACCAGAACCGGCUCCCAUUGAACCUGAACCAACAGAGGCUAAGACGGAGCCUCGUGACGAUGACGAUAACUCUAGGUAUAAUAGCGCCACAGGGGGCGCCGACAGCCGUCCGGCCUCCGGGGGCGGAACCCCCACUGACGAACAGCCAGCUGGAGUCGGCAACGGUUCACAGAAUAGAAAGUUGUUCAAUGUAGACGCCAUCGAAAUGCCGGACAUUGACCAGCUGACUACGAAGGCUGUAGCUGGCGCGAAAUCUCUCGGCAGCUUCCUGUAUUCCGCCGUCAAUAAGGCUGGGGCAAAGGUCAGCGAGGCCAGCGCCAAGAUUAAGAAGACCGUCGAAGAAAACAGCAUCUUGGGUGAAUUCAAUCGCGAACAGGAUGCCUUCAUCAAGGGUCAAGAGAAGGGUGGAGCUGCGGCAGUCGCGCCUUGGGUCGGAGCCCCUAACGAGGCAGCGCUCAAAGAGGAAUGCCUGUCUCUAUCUACUGAUCGACGGAACUUCGUCCGCGCUCCGCCCGCGGGAGUCGAUUUCGACUUUGAUUACGACAAGAUGUACCCAGUCGCCGUCGCCAUCAUGGGCGAGGACCCCAACCUGGAGAAGAUGCGCUUCGAGCUCGUCCCUAAAGUCAUCACUGAAGAGAACUUCUGGAGGAACUACUUCUACCGCGUGUCACUGAUCUGCCAGGCCAACGAGGCCGACGCCGGGCGUCAAUCCAGCGCCGACGACUCCCAAGAUGAUAAGUCAGCCAGCGAGAAUCUUAUAAGUAGAGAGAAAGCCUCGCAAGGUUCUAUUGAGGAUGCAAAGGAAAGAAUAAAGUCGUUGAGAGUCGAUAAAGAGAACGAAGACGCUUAGACCAGCCGACCGGAUACCGAGGGGAGAACGCAUUCGAUCACAUGUAACAAAUCGGUCGCUUCUGUACUAAACGCUGAUAUACAAUAACGUACGCCAUCAAAUCAUCCAAACACAUAGUGCUCCAUCCGUCGCUGGUCCACGUUUUGUUUGCCAUCGAUGGUCUCAGAAGACGGCCGUUCCAUCGUUGCGGUCUAGCGGAAUGCGAUGUUUCAGAUCCCUCUUGACGAACACAAGACAUCGAUAUGAUAAUGCCGGGACAGUAUUAUCACAGUCGACGUAAUAUAAGCCUAUCACCAAGUUAAGCUAGACACUGGAUGUAUGUUUGUAUUGAUCGUUGUCGAUCGGUAGUGUCACUCGUCUAAUAAAUUUAACUCUACUUUCAAGCGACGCUAUCAAUAUAUAGAGAAUUCGAACUCUUACAUUAUAAAACUUGAAUUAUAUAUUAGUCUCUAUAUAGAUGAUGUUUCGAUGUUUCGUCUGUAUCGAGUCGACGCUCACUGUUGAUAUCCUCACACAUUCCUAUAUUGUUUGAUGUUUAUAUAUUUUACGCGUGUUCCGACAGCGAUGUCCGUUUCUACCGUCACUCGACUGUCGCGACCUCAUCUUAUUGUUGUAUAAUUGUAAGCGCUGUUAUGUAAACGGUCACUAAAUGUCUCUAUCCUGUAUCUGCGUGUAUAUAUCUUAUAUAGAGCUAUACAUUCGACGUGUUCUGUCUCGAUCCAUUGACUCGUUGUUACCGAUGUAGGACAUGUACGAUGACAGCAUCAUAGGACCCUGUUGAAAAUAAUAAUAAUAAUUAGAAAUCUUCUUAUUAUAAGUAGCAUUUAUUUUUUUAAUAUCUUCUGAAUGUCAUAUAUAUGCAUAAGUUGUUAAGAACAUUUAUGAUAGCGUCACGUAACUCUGUUCCGUAGUGAUAAAUUGUACUUGACAUUUUAACAUUGCUACUAUAGUUGAGACCGUGCGUUCACCGCUCGAGAGUCCCUUUUCGCUCACACUGCGAUGUUUCUGAUGUUCUGUGGUAGCAAUGUUGAAACUAUUAACUGUGUUGUCAGAAUCCUAACCCGUUUAAUGUCACGAGAGUUUUAUAAUAGAAUGAAAUGCUCAAUUAACAAGAUGACAAUACUAGAGAUCGCCACACAGUCGCUCAGUCAAUUAAACUAACUGCCACCGGCUCUGUCACAUUCUGACAACACAUUUUCGACUCGUUUACAACACGUUAUUUGUAAAGUUCAUUAUCUGUCUGUGACGUAGUGUUUGUUGGUGAUAACUCGGGCCUAGGUACCUCUCGCUUCACAUAGCAAUAAUUUCCUCGAUGUUUUUAUAUAAUUUAAUAUAUAUAUGUUUAUUGUUUACCAGACGAUGAUUAUAUGAAGAAUGGAUCGUUUUGUUUGUUUGUAUCUAUUUUAUUAUUUCGCUUCUCGACUAACGAUACCCUGUUGAGUUGUUUCGUGAUGUGUAAAUGACUAGUUUAGGACGAACCGCACAUUGACGGCGUAGUAACACUUUCUAUUGUCAAUACAUUAAAAAUGUUUAGUGAAAUUAUAACAUUAUAGUUAUUAAUGGCAUUUAUAGUUAGUUAUUAUGAAUUGAAAUAAUUAUAUUAUUCUAAAAUAAAAA